AUGUUUGCUUCAAAAUCCAGCUCCGUAUCCCCUUCUCCAUCCAUGGAGCAGGCAGAUUCAGAUGCUCUGGACAUCAGCACUAAAGUGCAGCUGUACGGCGUGCUCUGGAAGAGACCCUUCGGGAGGCAGUCGGCCAAAUGGUCCAGGAGGUUCUUCAUCAUUAAGGAAAGCUUCCUGCUCUACUAUGCUGAGAGUGAGAAGAAGAGUUUUGAAAGCAAUAAAUACUUCAAUAUCCACCCCAAGGGUGUCAUACCCCUGGGAGGCUGCAUUGUGGAGCCCAAAGAAGAGCCCAACAUGCCUUAUGCCAUAAAGAUCUCUCAUGAAGACUUCCAUGGUAACAUUGUUCUAGCAGCUGAAUCAGAGUUUGAGCAGGCUCAGUGGCUGGAGAUGCUACAGGAAUCUGGAAAAGUGACCUGGAAGAAUGCCCAGCUGGGAGAAGCCAUGAUUGAGAGCCUGGAAGCCCAAGGACUGCAGCUGGCAAAGGAAAAACAGGAGUAUUUAGAUAAGCUAAUGGAAGAAACAGAAGAGCUGUGUCUGCAGAGGGAGCAAAAAGAGGAACUUGAGCGUCUGAACCAGGUCCUGGAAGCAGAGAAGCACCGGUUUGAAGAGGUGGUACGGGAGCUGCGGCUGGAGCAGGAACAGAUCAGACGGGAGCUAGAGCUCACAGCCCGCUCCCUUAAAGGAGUGGAGGAAGAAAAGAAAGAGUUGCGAAGCCUGACACAGUCCUUACAGAAAAACCUAGAGGAGCUCUCCCUGGAAAAGCAGCAAAUGCUGGAGAUGCUGGAAGAAAAUGAGAGCCAGCUCCCACCUCCAACCAGCCCCAGCAAGGAGCAAAGCUCCGUCUGGGGACUGCGUUGCAGCCUGCGACAGAUUGAAGAGAAGAUGCAGCAACUUCUGGAGGAGAAACUCCUGGCAGAGAAGAGGCUGAAGGAGAAUGAAGAGCGGUCCCGAGCGCUGGAGGAGGAGCGGGAGUUUUACUCUUCCCAGUCGCAAGCGCUGCAGAACUCCCUCUCGGAGCUGACUGCGGAGAAGCAGCAGACAGAGAGAGACCUCAAGGCUGAGGUGAAGGUGCGCAUGGAUCUGGAGAAGAGACUGAGAGAAGCUGAGGAAGCGUUGCAGAGCUUGGAGCAAGGCUUAAAUUCUCUGGAUCGCAACAAGGAGAAGGAGGAGAAGAUGAAAGCAGAUGUCAGUAACUUGAGAAAGUUCUUUGAAGAGUGCAUCCGCAAUGCCGAGCUGGAGGCCAAGAUGCCCAUGAUCAUGAAGAACUCUGUGUACAUACACAAGGCUGCCACUCGCCGCAUAAAGAGCUGCCGCUUCCAUCGCCGGAGAGCCAGUGUUUUGUGGAAUGACUUGAAGCAGUCCCAGUCCUUCAUCUUCUCGCACGCAGAAGCUGAAAACAUCGAGGAGCUGAAAGAAGCAGCCAAAAGACUGAGCCGGGACCAGCACUUCAAGGAAACUCUCUAUCAAAUCAUGAGGUCGCAAAAGGAUUCUGCUUCGGGGGACGAAAAGUGACUCUUGUUGGGAGGGGGCUUCUGAUCUCACCUUGCCAUUCAGCUCUGCAAAAGUUACGCCAUCGGGCGCUAGGGUCAGAACGGAGAUUUGCCGUUUGGUGGGAAAAGUGGGGGAAAGUUGUGUGCAGGCAAUUCCCUCAGUUAGUGGCUUUGCUUUAGUUUGAAUGCUCCCUGUAGCCUAGCAGACCUUCUCUGCUGAUCACUCCAGAUCUGUUUGCUUCAGCUGCUUACGUUAAGCCACGUUUUGCCAAGAUACCACGGUCGGUGUUAAAAUGAACCACAGACCGUAGCUUAGGAAGUGCCUCUUCUUUCCUUUCCUGUCUAGUCUGUCUGCCAAACACAAGUGCUUCUGAGAAAGCCCUUUGUCAGCUUACACUCCAGCUAGUGCAGUCUCCCCAGCUGGACACAGCUUACCCUGUUCUGCCUGAUCCCUUCUAGGAAAUGGCUCGCUGCACACCCCGUCAGUCAGCACUCCGGUGGGGCUUGUUUCCUGGCACAUUUCCUGAAGACUGCAGCA